UUUAGAAUAGCGCUGAUAAAGGAGAUAGGUCUUCUCAUAAAGGGAGACCACCAAAUUAUAAAGAAUUAUAUAAUGAAUAUAUAUUUUUAUCAUGGAAAUGAAUAAUUUCUUAGAAAAAUAUAAAGUAUCAAAAUAAACUGCUCUCAAAUCAGCAUGUUGAAAUCUUGCUUCUUUCUGACCAGUCGCCUUUUUUAGUCCGAUAUUUCUUUUUAAAUGUUAGCAUUUUCAAUUAGAUUACAAGAUAUUCUAGUAUGUGAGCCAAGGUCUCUGCAAAAUUAACAAUUAAGAGUUUGUACUCUACAGCCACAUGGCUUGGCUUUAAGUCCUGGCUCUACCAUUUAUUUAGCUAUAUGACCCUGACCUUAAGCAAAUUACUUAAAUUUUCUGUGCUUUAUUUUCCUCAUCUUUAUAAGGCGAAUGAUGGUGCUAAUAAUAACAAUAAUUGCUUAAUAGGGUUGUUAUUAAGACUAAAUUAGGUAAUGCACAAAGAAAACUAUUAGUAGAGAACUGACACAGGUAAGACAUGUUAGUCUUUUUUUGUUAUUGUUCUUGGCUUUAUUUAUUUAUUCAAGAAAUAUUUCUGAACAUCUAUCUCUGUGUCUGUUCUACUGUAGAUACUGGGACUGUGGAAGUAAACAAACAAAAAAGUAGCUGACUUAAAAUUUACAGGCAACUGGGCAAGACAGAUAAUAAACAUAACAGUGUACUUUGGAAGAGUGACAAGAUCACUGAUCUGUUGUGUCGUAGUUGUAACCAAUAAAAAUAGCUUUUUGCAAUUAUGUUUAAUACAGUACUCAUUUUUAUUUUAACCUCUAGUUAACCUAUGUGAUGACAAAAAUGAGCAAAAUCUCGGACUUCAGGAAGGAAAACUUAGAUUUGAAUCUUAGCUCUGCUCUAUACUUACCUUUAGUCAAGUUUACUUAAGAUUUCUGCUUUGAUCUUUUUGUAAAACGUGGAUAAUGUACCUCUCUCCCAGAACUGUGAUGAGAUUGAAUGAAUUACAUGGCAUAUUGCUUGAAACAUGUUAGAUUCUCUUCCUUUCCCUCUCUCUAUUCAUGCCUUCAUUUACUUUGGUCCACUAUUAUUAAUUUCUUCUGUUUUUGGUCCUUUUGUAUUUUGUUCUCUGGGAACAUAUGGUACAUGUGCAUUAGUAUACAGUUAAAAGUAAUCAUAGUAGAAGACUUAUUUUAUCUUUACAUAUUUUGCUAUAUUGCAGGUGAAAGAGAAACAAUAAAAUGGAAUGGGAAAACCAAACCAUUCUGGUGGAAUUUUUUCUGAGGGGGCUUUCUGGCUACCCAAGGCUUGAGCUACUCUUUUAUGUGCUAAUCUCCAUAAUGUAUGUGGUCAUCCUCCUGGGCAAUGGCACCCUUAUUUUAAUCAGCAUCGUAGACUCCCACCUUCACACCCCUAUGUACUUCUUCCUGGGGAACCUCUCCUUCCUGGACAUCUGCUACACCACCACCUCUAUCCCCACUAUGCUGGUGAUCUUCCUGUCAGAAAGAAAGACCAUCUCCUUCUCUGGCUGUGCAAUGCAGAUGUUCCUGGGCUUGGCCAUGGGGACAACAGAGUGUGUGCUCCUGGGCAUGAUGGCCUUUGACCGGUAUGUGGCUAUCUGCAACCCUCUGAGAUAUUCUGUCCUCAUGAGCAAGGCUUCCUAUGUGCCCAUGGCAGCUGGGUCCUGGAUCAUAGGAGGUGUCAACUCUGCUGUACAAACAGCAUUUGUGGUACAAUUGCCUUUCUGUAGGAAUAAUGUCAUCAAUCACUUCUCCUGUGAGAUUCUGGCUGUCAUGAAACUGGCCUGUGCUGACAUCUCAGGCAAUGAGUUCAUCAUGCUUGUGGCCACGACAUUGUUCAUAUUGAUGCCCUUGUUGUUUAUCAUUAUCUCUUACACAUUAAUUAUUGUCAGCAUCCUGAAAAUUCGCACUUCUGAGGGGAGAAGCAAAGUCUUCUCUACCUGCUCAGCUCACCUGACUGUGGUGAUAAUAUUCUAUGGAACCAUUCUCUUCAUGUACAUGAAACCUAAGUCUAAAGAGACACUUACUUCGGAUGACUUGAAUGCCACUGACAAACUUAUAUCCGUGUUCUAUGCAAUCAUUACUCCUAUGAUAAAUCCUUUAAUCUACAGUCUUAGGAACAAGGAUGUGAAAGAUGCAGUAAAACACCUACUGAGAAGAAAACAUUUUUUUAUAAGUGAAUGGGAAAGGAACAGGUAAUUUUUAUAAUCACAAUGUAGAGAUCACUGAGGGAUACUGAAGUGUUAAAUAGGUUCUUGCUGCUGUGUCAAAUUUUCCUCUCAAAUCUCUCAAGCUCUAAAAUAAUAUUUUUUGGUACAGUACAUAUGAAAGUAAAUAAAGAGAUAUCAGUGUUUUAGGAAUCAAGGGUUAUAAUUUGUUGUUGAUGAGCUUGCUUGUGAGGGAGCAUAGAGGGAUGGUGUAAUGGGGAGAGAGAUUUUCAGACAGGAAAAAGCUACGCUAGUAUUAAAACUGUAACUUUUUUUUUUUGGUAAAAAUAUUUCCAAAACCAAUUUUAUAUUUCCUUAAUUUCUUUACAAGACAGAAUUAAAGCUAGUUUUUGACUUUUAAAACUCAGUUAAAAUUAUGAAUUUCUAAUGGCAUAAUUAGUAAAAUAAUUUAACUUGCAGUCUUUUCAAAUAUGUAAUGCUGAUUGUCGUCUGUUUAGAAGCUGAAUACCAUUACACUUGUUGUUUAUAGAGUAGUAUUAUUUUAUUAAGUGUUUGUUAAUCUCUAAAAAGGAAGCAUUAAGUUAUUCUUUUCUACUUUCAACAUAUCUACUUUGGCAGUUUUCUUUCUAAUUACUUUCUGAUACAUGGGAUCUAACUGCUUUGGACUUGGAACCAAAUAACUGAUUUUAAAAGCUGCUUGAAAAAUUAAAGUAACGUCUGAGUCAAAUAUCCACUGAUAAAAGUAGAGCUGCGUCUUUUUCUUUUUACCAUUGGCUCUUUAUCCAUGAAGUAUAUUGCUGAUCCAAGAGGAAUCUGUUAUUAGGAAGUGUAAUCUACCUUUUAGAUGGUUUUUACAUUUGAUUUUUUUCUGAGUUUUAUAUUUCUUUCCUUUGUUAUGGUAACC